UGUCACCGUUAUUUUAGAGUUAGUUGCGAAAUAUGGGGCAUCAACGACUUUAUGAAUAUUUCCCCUUCACCUUCCUUUGAUCUUAAACGGAAACAGAAGGAAGUAUGAGUUUCCGAGAUGAUUCCACCUCCGGCGACGACGGGCUUCGUAAGCCCUUACUCCAUACAGGCAGCUGGUAUCGGAUGGGUUCCCGCCAGUCCAGUAUGAUGGGCUCCUCCGUCCAAAUCCUCCGCGAAUCUAUCUCCAUUUAUCUAUGCGUCCUCAUCGUUGCAUUGGGCCCUAUUCAACUUGGAUUCACCUGUGGAUACUCUAACCCUACCCAGUCCGAUAUCAGCAGCGACCUUGGACUAACAAUUUCAGAGUUCUCGGUCUUUGGAUCUUUAGCAAAUGUUGGUGCAAUGGUUGGUGCAAUCGCAAGUGGUCAAAUAUCAGAAUACAUUGGGCGAAAAGGGACACUAAUGAUUGCGUCUAUUCCUAAUAUCAUUGGAUGGCUUGCUGUUUCAUUUGCCAGUGAUGUCUCAUUUUUGUACAUGGGAAGGUUGUUGGAAGGUUUCGGUGUCGGCAUUAUUUCCUUUGUGGUGCCUGUAUAUAUAGCAGAAAUUUCACCUAAAAACAUGAGGGGAGUCCUUGGAUCCAUUAACCAGCUCUCUGUAACAGUGGGGAUAAUGCUGGUAUAUCUGUUGGGAUUAUUUGUAAGCUGGAGAGUGCUUGCAGUUAUAGGAAUGUUGCCGUGCAUGAUUUUGAUACCUGGUCUAUUUUUUAUUCCUGAAUCGCCUCGUUGGUUGGCUAAAAAUGGGCUGAAUGAAGAUUUUGAAACUUCUUUGCAAGUUCUACGGGGAUUUGACACAGAUAUAUCCUUAGAGGUGAAUGAGAUCAAGAAAUCUGUGAGAUCAUCAACUAAAAAAGUUACCAUUCACUUUUCCGAGCUUAAGAGACGGCGAUAUUACUAUCCUUUGCUGGUAGGUAUUGGACUACUCGCACUUCAGCAACUCAGUGGAGUUAAUGGUGUUUUGUUCUAUUCCAGUAACAUUUUCAAAUCUGCUGGAAUUUCAUCCAACAAAGCUGCAACAUUUGGUAUAGGGGCUAUUCAGGUCAUUGUCACUGGCAUCUCAGCAUUAUUGGUGGACAAGGCGGGACGCAGGCUACUCCUCUUUAUAUCCUCAACUGUAAUGACAGUUAGCAGCUUUCUUGUUGCAAUGGCAUUCUUCCUGAAAGAGUUCACCCCUGAAAAGUGGCAUUCAUUCUUUGCAAUAUUGGCUCUGGUUGGACUUGUGGUUUUGGUGAUGGCAUUUGGCGUAGGAUUGGGAUCCAUACCUUGGAUCAUAAUGUCUGAGAUUCUGCCAGUGAGUAUCAAAAGUCUGGGUGGCAGUGUUGCAACUUUGGCCAAUUGGUUUUCUGCAUGGCUUGUUACAAUGACAGCAAAUUUGCUUUUAACUUGGAAUAAAGGAGGAACAUUUGCUAUCUAUGCACUGGUGUCAGCUUUUACGGUGGUUUUUGUGAGGCUUUGGGUUCCAGAAACCAAAGGGAAAACACUGGAAGAAAUUCAGCAGUCCUUCAAAUGAUACAAAAAGAAAUUGUAGUAAGAUGAUUAAAGGAACAAGUGAUGCAAUACUGAAAACUUGUUUUGUUCCACGUUUAUCAUGUACCACUAUAUAUUGUCUUGUCCAAGAAGUUCUUCUCAUGGAUUGCUAAUGCUAGUGGAGCAAAAAUAUGCAAUUUGCAAUAUAUAUCGAUCUGUAUAUAUUUGUACUAAGACAGCAAUUUCAAAUUCUGAACCCCAAGUUACAUAGUAACUAAUAUUACGGAGAAAAGACGAAGUUUUUUUCUUUUCCAUAGACAAAAAGUUACAUGAUAUUAGAUGGUGAACUCUGUGGUACGUCCUUCACUUCUGAACUUUUUCUGCAUGCAGGGAAGUAAGGAACUGCUUGAGACACUUGUUGUAAACGCAAGGCCGUUCUAGGUGAACCAGAUGGCCAGCCUUGUCUAUGCCAUGAAAUGUAGUCCUUUCACCUAGUUGACUGUCAUCAAGUAGUGCAAAACAGUCAUCAGGUUUAUUCAACUUCUCUGUGGCACUUCUACUAAAUUAUUAAUGCAGUAGUUAAUUUAAAUACAACAACAACGCAGUGUAUUCCUACAAAGUGGGGUAGUUUAAUUUAAAUACACGGUCCAUAUAUCAUAAUAGUGCAUUAACUUGUGUUUAAGUAAGUUACUGAUGUAAGAUCUUGUUUACAUCUCUUGGAGCUAAUCACAUGUUUGUUUGAGUUUAUAAUGUAAGGGCAUGUCAAGCCUGAAAACUUACUGUUUCAUGUUC